GUAAGUGGAAGGAGGGGGCAGAGGUCUAGGUAUAAAUGGUGAUGUCAACAGUCAGAGAGUGUACUCUGAUCGCAGAACACUAGCAAGGAACUUGAGCAUCGGUGGGGCUUUGAUAGCUUUCGGAAAAGGUACUCCUGACAUUGCUGAAAAAUGGCGAAGGUUUACAAGAAAACCUCUGGAAAUGGUGCUCUUACCCUUUACCUGGGGAAGAGGGAUUAUGUUGAUCAUGUUCAGCAAGUAGACCCUGUUGAGGGUGUGGUAAAAAUUGAUCCUUCAGAACUCGGAGGCAAGAAAGUCUUUGUGCAGUUGUGUUGUGCCUUCCGUUAUGGCCGAGAGGACCUGGAUGUCAUCGGGCUGUCCUUCAGGAAAGACAUCUGGAUCAAGCACAUCCAGUUGUACCCUGAAGCUGGCCACAAACCCACCCUUACUCCCAUGCACGAAUGCCUGCUCAAGAAGGCUGGGGAGCAAGGCCAUGCCUUCACUUUUGACAUUGAGACUAACCUUCCCUGCUCAGUCACACUCCAGCCAGGACCAGACGAUACUGGGAAGGCUUGUGGCGUGGACUUUGAAGUCAAGACCUACAUCGCUGAUGUGGAAGACCCCGAAGAGAAGCUUGAUAAGAAAGACACUGCCCGUCUGAUAAUCCGUAAAAUCCAGUUUGCUCCAGAUGCUACUGGAGGCCCUGGGCCCAAGGCAGACAUCUGUAAGAGUUUCAUGAUGUCUGACAAGCCAGUCCACCUGGAGGCCAGUCUGGAUAAGGAGAUCUACUACCAUGGAGAUCCGAUCAAGGUCCACGUCAAAGUCAAUAAUGAAACUUCAAAAACUGUGACCAAAAUUAAGGUCACAGUUGACCAGACAACGGAUGUGGUGCUCUACUCAGCAGACAAAUACACCAAAACUGUACUUAGUCAAGAGUUUGGAGAGACAAUUAAUGCCAAUAGCACAUUUGAAGGGUCCCUCGCCAUCACCCCUCUACUUGUAGAAAACAAGGAGAAGCGUGGUCUGGCCCUGGACGGCAGACUGAAAGACGAGGACACAAACCUGGCAUCCAACACUAUUAUCAGACCCGGUAUGGAUAAAGAAGUGCUGGGAAUCUUGGUCUCCUACAAAAUCAAGGUCAACUUGAUGGUGUCUUCUGGAGGCUUGUUGGGUGGUCUCACAGCCAGUGAUGUACAGGUGGAGCUCCCUCUGAUCCUGAUGAACCCCAAACCCCAAGACGUAGGCCUCCCGGAGUAGAAACUCUUAAAGUGAAGAAAAGACAUUACCUUCGAGGUUGAGUAGAUUCCAACCCAGAUGCCCAGCAGAAGACUAGGAAAAAGGAACUGCACAGUAAAGCGGAUGAAAGCUGCCCAGAUUGAAAGCCAUACCAUACCAACAUACCAAACAAAGAAGAAACUGUAACAUAAUAAAAAUGGUGUCAACAACCACAUAUAUUCUCAUAUCCAUGAUGUCAGUCUGUCUGGCUAUUAAAGAGACACAUGUUUCUGUUAGUUUUCAGUAGAUUUGUCAAUUUGAGCCUUUAUUUUCUGCACAGCACAUACAUUAUACUAAACAGCUUUACCAUUUACCUGCACAACACAUAAAACCAUGGAAUUAAUUAUCACAUCCAGUAUAAAACAACAUAAUUGGUUUGUGGAUAAAAUCCACUACAUAAAUGAUUCCAACCCAAUGGGAGUCUGGAAGUACUAAGUUCAUCAUUGUCAAUUCACUAUGUCUUUCUGUGAUAUAUAUGCAUGUUUUCCGCUGAUAAGUCAAUGAACCAAAUAAAAACACCAUAUGUAAU